AUGUCGCAGAUGGUUAAAGACUUGUUUCUCCAAGCAGGCCUCAUCCUCGUCGUCGUCGUCGCCUUCCUUGCCAUCCACAACAUCCCCCAGAAGCUCCUCGCCAAUCUCCGCUUCCGCUUCCGCAACAAACCCAAAGCGCAAGCCAAGCGCCACUUCGUCGUCGGCGCCCAGCUCCUCGCCCAAGCCCGAUCCGCCGCCUCUCCCUCCUCCGCUUCCUCCCUCUCCCAGCAAGCCCUCGACGAAGCCGAAAAGGCCAUCUCCCUCGACCCCAAGGACGCCGCCGCCCACAUCCUCAAAGCCCUAGCCCUCGACUCUCAGGGCUACAAGACCUCCGCCCUCGACGCCAUCGACGUCGCUCUCUCCCCUUUAGCCGCCGAGAGCCUCACUGAGGAGGAGCGCGGCGAUGCGCUCGUCAAGAGGGCGGAGAUCAGGCUGUCGAUGAACCGACGCGGCCAGGUUGACUCGGCGAUCGCCGAUUUGACUCGGGCUGUGGAGCUGAGCCCGGAGAAUGUGAAGGCUUUUUGUACGCUCGGAGAGUGCUACGAGGGGAAGAAGAUGACAGAAGAGGCCAGGAAGGCCUACGAGGCGGCGCUGAAGGUCCAGCCCAGAUUGAAAGUCGCGAGGGAUGCUCUCGACCGGCUCGGUUCGAGUUAG